AUGAUGGCACAUGCAAGCAUCCCUCAGACACUGGACUCGAUAACACGCAUGCUCAUCUCCAAUACCAACCUCAUCCACGCACCCAAGAAAGCUCAAGACGCUCGACUCACAGCCACCAUCGCAGACUUGCACGCCCACCCCGCAAUCGAGGCUCUGUUACACAUCGUGAACCAUGAUCUACCGUCUGCCCACUUUUUAGUCAGGCACAUGCAGGCUCCACCGGCUGUGGAGGGGAUGCUGCUCCACGGCAUUCUGCAUCGCGCAGAGGGCGACUUCAACAACGCAAGAGCGUGGAUAAGCGAUGUUUGCGACGCAUGCGAAGGCUAUCAGCCGAAAAAGAAGGAAGAGGGUCUGAGAUUGGAUGCUGAGAUCGCAGAGCAAGUUGGCAACAGUUCUCACGCGUCUUCAUCGCUAGUCAAAUUCGUCUACGGUGAUGAGGAUCCUCUGACUCUUAUUGACGCUGUUGAAGCGCUUCGGGGUAGAAAGCAAAUUGAGAAGGAAGAUGAGGGGGAGAUGGUUGAGAAGAAGAUUAGGCAGGAGGCGGAGAAGGUGUUGGAGUGGUGUAAGAGCAAGUUUGGAGACGGUGCGUGGGAAGAUGCGACAAAGGCUUGGGUCAAGAACAGCGAGGAGAUUAACAAGAUCAGUGGUGAUAUGGUAAGCGGGGGGAAGGGGUAUAGGAAGUUUUGA